AUGAACGCAUCAGGACAGGAACGCGGGCACGCUGUCGUCGUGUGGGAGUGGGAAAACCGACAGUCUCGUUGGAGACCUUACAGCCCCGAUGUAUCUCAGCAUCUCGAAAGAGCCCAUACCAAAAAGUUAACUAGGGUUUAUCUUCAUGAUGCCGAUCCCACCCUUGAUAAGUACUCCAUCAAUUUAACAAGCAACACUCAGUGUAACGAUGAUGGGACUGAAAUUCAUAAUGUACGCCGACAACUUUAUUCACCAAAUUCACCUGCUGGCAAAGGUGCUAAAUGGGAAUGGGCGGGAGACUCUAAUGAUUGGCAUACUUAUGAUAUGGAAGUUCAAUGUUUGAUUGAGGAAGCCUGGGCAGCUGGAAGUAAAUCAAUUGAUGUAUCAAAAUCACCCUUGGGAUUUCCAUACAUUAUAAACUUUCUUAAUUUAACUCAAGUAAGAUGCUCAAGCGGCUUCGUAAGAAAAAUACGUCGUGUUAAUCAGGCUCCUUACCCUCUAGUCAAAGUUGCUCUUGAAGAACUUCCGUCUUCUGUUGGAAGUGGACAUAAAUCGUCAAAUGCACUUGUUAAGCCUCCAAGUAAAUUACCUAAGAAACAACCUUGCGGAAGCAGCAGCAGUAGCACUAAAAAAAGUAAUAAAAAGAGCAAAAGCAGCGACAAUAGUCCUUCGAACAUAGCGCAUAAAAACACCGAGAGCAAUUCGACUCCUGUAGAUGAGUCAUCUAACAAUCGCAAGACAUGGGAUACUGUUCUGGAUGUAGACUCGAGUAGCACCAAGAGUGGAAGACGUCCAAGUGUCGACACAGUCUCGACUUAUCUGAGCCAUGAAAACCCAGUAGAUCUGCUGGACAGCAGUGUAGGAAGUGAUGACGCUUUCAAAGAUUCUGUAGCCAACGUCGAGCGUACACCUGAUGUUAUUUCGCAGUAUGUCAAAGUCGUCGAGAGCGAGGGCGGAGACUCGUGCCCAGUUUGCUUGGGCACUCCAGAGCCGCUUACUGUUGAACUCACUCGCUGCCAUCACAGACUUCACUUAGCUUGCUUGAAUGCUAUGUUGAACACUCAAAUGCAACCUAUGUACAUUCAAUGCCCGGUUUGUAGAUUGAUUUAUGGAGAGAAACGAGGUAACCAACCUGCUGGAACUAUGAACUGGACAACGAUUCCUCGUCCUCUUCCAGGAUUUCCUCAUACUAAUACAAUUCAAAUUACCUAUGACAUUCCAUCCGGUAUCCAAGGACCAGAGCAUCCAAAUCCUGGUCAAGCUUUUUACGCAGUUGGUUUUCCUCGUGUUUGUUACAUUCCUGACAACGAACUUGGCCGUAAAGUAUUGACAUUGCUCAAAAUAGCAUUUGAGAGACGUCUUAUCUUCACAGUAGGUCGAUCAGUCACAACCGGGCGUGAAGAUGUUGUUACCUGGAACGAAAUUCAUCAUAAAACUGAACUAGGACCAUCAACGUCUGGUCACGGGUAUCCAGAUGUCAGUUAUCUUGAGAGAGUUUUGUAUGAAUUAGCUGCUCAAGGUGUUACAGAUGAACAAACUACCAAUAGUCUUUAUCAAGAGUUACAAUAA